AUGGCUCAAGACAGAAUUUCAUUCGAGGAUUACCUCGACCUCACAGCAUUAGUCUUCGACUGGGGUGACAGCUACGAUGCAAAGGACUGGAAAAGACUCGAAUCCAUCAUCGCACCCGAGCUCCUUGUAGACUACACCACCAUUGGCAAAGCCCGCUGGGAUGCCAUGCCCGCUUCCCAAUUCAUGGCCAUGGUAACCGAUGACGAUUUCCUCGGCGAUCCUUGCGUCAAGACUCAACAUCUUCUCGGUGCCACCCGCUGGGAAAAAAUUUCAGACGAUUACGUUAUUGGUCAUCAUCAAUUGAGAGCUGGUCAUCAAGUGUAUAAAAAUGCGGAUUUGAAGGAUAUCAAGUUGAAGGGUCAUAGUCAUGCUACCAAUGAACAUUACUACAGGAAGGUUAAUGGGGUUUGGAAAUUCGCGGGAUUGAAACCACUUGUGAGAUGGAACGAGGGUGAUGGAGAGAAUGAUUUCUUGAGGGUUUUCAAGGGAAGUUACAAAAAGUAAAUUGGAAAGGUGAUAUCUAGUUAGGUUGGGUGUCUGGGUUAUGAAAGGUCGCUUUGGAGUCUUCUAGGGAUGAUAGCUUUUUGGUGUUGAUGAGGUCCAUUUAUCUAUUCUUCUAUCUGAUUGUUCAAUCUUUGAGUGAGAAGUUGUUUUUUUUUUUCAGAUGACGAAGUUGUUAUUCUGUACUGAGAUUAUCCAUCGUUGGCCUGAGUUCUCAACCGGUUUUUGAUUGCAUAUCGAUGUUGAGGAGCUGUCAAGCAAAGAUGUAAACCAUUUUGCUCUAUAAUGAUUUUUCUGCUGUUAAUAAUGGUUCUGUAUAAGCUGUUCUAAGCUUUACUUCUUCCAAAUAUCUUAUUGUACAUCUUAUCGUGUCAAAUGCUCAAAUCACAAUAUCAUACCUUUCAUUGAUUCAUCGAUUCAUCCAUCGCAUGUCCCACAACCAUAUAAAAAAACCUUCCCACCCCCAAAUUGC